CGCCGUUAAUCCAGUCUGACCGAUCAUCGCUUGAACGAAUUGGACUUAAAAUAACCAACUGGCUUACUCCCAAGAAUCGAAAUUCAAACUUAGGAAGAAAAUGAAAGCAAUAAGCCCCGUACGGUCCUUCCGGAAAAACAACGCCGCCUUGACGGAGCACUCGCUGGGGCUGUCGCGGAGCAAGACCCCAGUGGACGACCCGCUGAGCUUGCUGUACAACAUGAACGAUUGCUACUCCAAGCUGAAGGAGCUGGUGCCCAGCAUCCCCCAGAACAAGAACGUCAGCAAGAUGGAAAUCCUGCAGCACGUCAUCGACUACAUCCUGGACCUGCAGAUCGCGCUCGACACAAACGUCGCACUGGGCACUAGCCUGCAUCACCCGUCGCGACCGGGCCAAGGGGCUCCGGCAGCAUCCAGGACCCCGCUGACCACCCUCAACACAGACAUCAGCAUCCUCUCGCUACAGUCUCCCGAGUUGCCAUCGGAGCUGACGACAGAUGACAGCCGGACUCUGCAUCGCUAAAGGCGGUGUUUGGUCAAGACUUUAAAAAAAUCACACAGGACCUGGGGAGCAUGCAGGGCUUCCCCCCCUACUCCUUUACAAAAGAAAGAGAAAACCACACCCCAUCCUCUGUCCUCCUCCAGGCCUGCUGGAUUAUUUUUCCUCCCAUCAUGAUGAGAGACUUUGUGCUUAUUAUGGGACAAUCUUUAUGAUGUGAUGUGCUUUGUUUUUUGGACAAUUUGUUAUUAUUUAACUUAAGAUUUAUUAUUUGUGGGUCCUUUCUGGAAAUGGAAGGCGCGUUUAUAUUCCCAAUAGUGGGAGGAAAAAUGAGAUUAUUGUCAUGAGGAUUAUUAUUAUUGCUAUCUCCCCCCUUUCCGCCUUUCCUCUUCUUAUUCUCACCCUCCCUGUUGGAAGUCUUCGCUUUUUUGCGGAGGUGGGAUCUUGGUUAUUUACUGUAUAAAAGGAAAAAAGGUUUAGUCUUGUCUUGUCAGAAUUGUUGGCACAUGAAGGACUGGACGUUGUUUAAAGAAGUAAAAAGAAAAAAAAUGACCUUGUGAACUCUUCUCGGGAGUUUAUCUUGUAUAGUUGCAGGCAUCUCUGCAAAACGUGUAAUGUUGUACUUAAUUAUGCUGAAACUUUUUAUAAAAGUAAUGUAAAUUGUACCUUUUUUAUACAAAAUAAAUGUCAAAAGCAACCAUA